GCUGAGCUGGAUCCGCACAGACAAGACGCCCGGGGAGGGGAGGCCAUGAGUUCGCCUCCUGCCUCGGCCCCUAGAGAUUGCAGUCCGUACUGUUCCCCUCCACAAACCGUGAAACAGCUUCUUGAGCAGAAACGACAACACACCUCCAGCCAGAUAUCUCAGUCACUGGUGGAAUAUCAGCAAGAUCCAGGCUCAGUCAGUGCUCAGCCAUUCCUCCACCAUAGUUCCAGUCACCAGAAAGAUGAUACCAUUGUAUUCCAAAGACCAGCCCCUCACUACACCUACUCUCCACUGGAGGACUUAUAUGCUUCCAGGACUGGACCGAUGUACAGCCAUGAAGGAAGAUAUGAGACUGGGAGGACUGAGUCCCAAGCUCCAGAAACAGACAUAGGGGCUGCAUCCUCAGGCUCCUACAUGGCUGCUUUUACCCAUAAUCCUUCCUGGAUGGGACACAGUUCAGGGACAUGUUCCACCACCGGAGCUGAAGCCUUUCUAAGAAUGCCGGGAUCUGUGGUUCCAGACCUAAUGCCUCUAGAGUUGGAAGAAGCCAGAACUCAAGUCCAGAGUUUUAGUCCUGAACAAUUUCUUCAUCAUGAUGAGGAUGGAGAUACAAUCCUUCAUCUCUAUGUCGCAAGAGGCCUGCGCUAUCAAUCAUAUGCCAUGGCAGAACGCUUCUUACAAUACGGUCAGCUGGAUGCCAAGGAACAUAAUGGGAAGUCUCCUCUCCUGGUGGCUGUGGCUGCCAACCAACCCGAGAUUGUCUAUGACCUCCUGACUCUGGGUGCAGAUGUCAAUGCGUCAGACUGGAAAGGGCAGACCGCUCUACAUGUCGCAGGGACCUAUGGACUGUCUGAUGUCCUUAGGGUGUUCCUGGCUCUUCAGCAUCAGAAGAACAUUGACGUGGAAGCUAGAAAUUAUGAUGGUUUGACUCCUCUGCAUUGUGCUGUCAUCUCACAAAACAAUGUGUACAAAAGCAAAAAGAGCCAGAGCACCCCAAAUGUUCAGCAACGUGAGAGGGAGACCCUUACAUGCAUCCAGUUACUGCUGCAAAUGGGGGCCAGCUGCACAAGUCAGGAAAUCAAGAGUAACAAGACGGUGCUCCACCUGGCAGUGCAAGCAGGGAACGUACCUCUAGUAAAAAUUUUCCUUGAGAUGUCUCAUGUCAAUCUCCCUGGACUCAUCAACAUGAAGGCCCAUGGAAAUACCGCCCUGCACAUGGCAGCGGCCUUGCCACCUACUCACUCUACUGAGUAUUUGAUCCAGCUCUUGCUGUUUUAUGGUGGUGACCAAAGCACUCGUAACAUGGAGAAUGAGCAGCCGGCCCAUUUGGUGCCCCCUGGAGAAUUUUCUGAGCAAAUUAAAAUGCUGUUAAAGAGAAGACGUGUGAUGUCGUCAACCCGCAACCAAUCAUCCAAUUCCUUGUAGGAAACAACAGAUCCGGACUAUUUUUCUAGUCCCAAAAUCAAGAUUCUUCCACUGCUGAAGGAGAACAUGAAACAUAUCCCCAUGAAGACUCGUUCCUCCCAGGGACAAAGAUUUACUAAUGCACUUAUAGGGAAUCCUUUGAAGCUGCACAGGAGAUAACUACAACUUAUUGUCCCUCUCUAAUUGCAGCUAUCAUACAUUAUAGUUUCUGUGAAACUCAACCAUAGUGAUUACUAAAAAGUAAUAAAAACCAUACACAACAGGUAAGAAGAGAAAAAUAUUUAGUGGUAAACCAAAGGAAAUAUAACUCAGAGACAAACUAGAAACUAAUAUUACUAUUAAUUAUAAAACUGACCCCUAGGUACAAGAAUAGAACUACUAUAAAACUGCUUCUUCACAAACCAAACACUCGAUCGUCUAAUAGGUGAACCCAGGCACGGGAAGGCUUGAAACCAGGAAACAGCAAAAUACAAAAAGCCCCAAACUCAAGAUAAAAGUGUCAAGGCUUUAUUCAAUCUUCUUAAA